GUAAAAUCAGACUUUGACCAACUUGGUGGUACUUCCGUUGAGACUUAUUAAAUAAACAACUGCGCAGUGGCGCAGCGGGCUAAGGUCGUGUGCUUUUCAGGAACGAAAAAAAGUAACCUUAAUGUAACUGCUCCUGAUGAAUCUUAAUGAUGCUGAGUGAUGAUGAAGGACUUGUGAAGCAUACAGGAGGCUGCCACUGUGGUGCGGUCCGAUUCCAGGUGUGGGCUUUGCCAGAUUUGCACAUCUUCAGCUGCAGCUGCAGCAUUUGCACCAAGAAACAGAACCAUCAUUUCAUUGUUCCAGCUUCAAGGUUCAGUCUGUUACAGGGAGCUGAGAGUUUAACCACGUACACGUUUAACACCCACAUUGCCAAACACAUGUUCUGCAAGACAUGUGGCGUGCAGAGCUUCUACAGGCCUCGAUCCAACCCUGAUGGAUAUGGUGUAAUGCCGCACUGCCUGGAUGAGGGCACAGUGCGGAGUGUCAGACUGGAGGAGUUCAAUGGAAAGGAGUGGGAGAAUGCCAUGGGACAGCACCAGACGAUCAGGAGCAUGUCGAAGACCUGAACUGAAUGUGUGAAAUGUGUUGUGCUGGACCCAUUUCCCCCUCUGUGGGCAGUCUCUCAGAGCAUGAGCAUGGAGACUGAACUACACUCACUGCCAGUCUUAACCUUUUCGUACCUUUGGGAAAUUUGAAAUAAAUGCAUUUUAAAGUUUAAUUCUUUUAAAAAUCGAAAUAUACUACCCCAGAUAGAGGUGGUGAUGAUGAUGAUGAUAGAAGAUCAAAUACAAGAGGAAUCAGAAAUACUUAUUUCUUGUCAGACUUGGUAGCUAUGUAAUUAAAAAUGCUUUAAAAUGCUUCAACUCUGAUACCCAAGUUCAUAAAUCCAUUUUAAACGCUGGCUGUAUGGCUUGUCCACUAAACCUCUCAAAGCUUGACGAGUUAGUCAGUGCUUCUGAAGAUAAGCUACAGUGUGAACCUCUCAUUCACUCUGCCAUUGUACUGUGUGCGAAACACAUUGAAAAAUCAAGGGUCUAAUAGAGAGAUACAGAACAGUGUUUUUAUUAUUACACUAACCUCGUUACUGUUA